AGUGGCGACACCCAGCCGGUCGCGAGAAAAGAAACAAGCGACAUCCUUUUAUUGACCGACAAUGCCAGCAGCGAACUUACAGUAACUGGUGACAGUUGUGCAUUUCCAAGAAACAGUAAAAUGCCAUUGUUUGAAGGUUUGGGGAGUUUAGCCGAGAAGACUGCCGUCGUCAUCGAUUUAGGAGCAGCGUACACAAAAUGUGGCUUUGCAGGGGAAACGGGGCCCAGGUUCAUCAUUCCGAGCGAGAUCAGGAAACCAGGGGAACAACAGGCCACCAAAGUUGUUCAGUACAACAUCAACACAGAAGAGCUUUAUGUCAUCCUAAAAGAGUUUAUCCACAUACUCUACUUCAGGCAUCUGUUGGUGAAUCCUCGCGACAGAAGAGUGGUCAUUAUCGAGUCCAUCCUAUGCCCGUCUCACUUCAGAGAAACACUUACCAAGGUUUUCUUCAAACAGUUUGAGGUCCCUUCUGUCUUGUUUGCACCCAGUCAUCUCAUGUCUAUAAUGACUUUGGGGAUCAACUCUGCACUGGUGAUGGACUGUGGACACACAGAGACACUGGUUCUUCCUAUUUAUGAGUGCACCCCCAUCCUUCCAGCGUGGGAGGCUUUGCCUUUGGGUGGAAAAGCCAUUCAUAAAGAACUGGACGCUCUUCUGGUGGAGCAGUGUACUGUGGAUACUGACACAACAACUGGGCAGAGCGUACCUGCUGGCAUUGGAAUCAUUCCAGAGGAAACUGUCGAAGACAUCAAAGUGAGGACUUGCUUUGUCAGCGACCUGCAAAGAGGCCUCAAGAUCCAGGAAGCUAAGUUCAACCUGGAUGGUACAGCAGAGCGUCCGGCUCCUCCUCCAGAUGUUGCUUAUCCUCUGGACGGACAGAAGAUCCUGCAUAUCAAAGGUUCUAUCAGAGAUUCUCUGAUGGAGAUUCUCUUUGAACAAGACAACGAGGAGAAGAGUGUGGCGUCUCUCAUCCUGGACGCUCUUGUCAAGUGCCCCAUUGACACCCGCAAAGUUCUCUCUGAGAACCUGGUGGUCAUCGGCGGCACGGCCAUGUUGCCGGGCUUCCUGCACCGACUCCUGGCUGAGAUCCGAGUUCUGGUGGAGAAACCGAAGUACAGCGACAUCCUGGCCAGCAAGAAUUUCCGUAUUCACACCCCACCUGCCAAGCCCAACUGCACGGCCUGGCUCGGAGGAGCAAUCUUUGGGGCGCCACAAGACAUCCUGGCCAGCAGGUCAGUCUCCAGGGACUACUACAACCAGAACGGCCGUAUUCCAGACUGGUGCUGCCUGAGCACCCCCCCACCGGAGUCGCUGUAUGACACCGGCAAGAACCCACCCCUCAUGAAACGAGCUUUCUCCACAGAGAAGUAGCUUUUACCUGUCGGAUUCAAGAACUUGCUUUGUCUAAACGUUGAACACUGACCUCUAUUUAUUAGUUGGUGUCGUGCACUGACUGUUAAAACUGACUUGAGUGUAGGCGUUUCCUUUUUAGGCUACAGUUUAACUCACUUCUGAAGGAGAAUUUGUGACCAAUCUGGAGCAUGUCAAUUCACAAGCAGUAUACACUUAGCAGAUGAUGUACUUAUGUGAAGCAGAGCAAUAGUGGAUAACAGUUUUCUCUGUCGGCUUCAGUAAACAGGAGAUUUUCUGUACCCAUCUGCAGUUCAAUAUUACAUAUAUUAAACUAAACUGUUUCAACAAAUAAAUAUUUGCCUUCUUCUUCAUUGUUUUUAAAUUGAUCUAAUCUUCAUUCAACGUAACAUUCUAAUGGAUCUUCAGUGGUCUCAUGCCUUUAAAUCCAGAUUUAAGUUCCUAGAGGUGACGCAAAGAAAUGAAGACCGGAGGCAUUGACUUGCUUAGUGUGGCAUGUGAUGAAAUAUUC